AUGCCCUCUCUUCUGAAGCUCGCUACCGCGGCUCUCGCCGUGGCUGCUCCUCUCGUUUCGGCUCAGACUUACUCUGACUGCAACCCCCUCAAGCAGUCAAACUGCCCCGCUGAUAAGGGUUCCACCGAGUCUACCCUGCACUUCGACUUCACCAAGCAGAGCGACGUCGACCAGUGGAAGACUACCGCUGGCAAGGUCAGCGCAGGCUCUGAUGGUGCCGCGUUCACUCUCGCCCAGAAGGGUGAUGCCCCGACUAUUCGCAGCAAGUUCUACAUCUGGUACGGAGAAAUCUCCGUCGAGAUGAAGUCUGCCCCUGGUCAAGGUGUGGUUAGCUCCAUUGUUUUGGAGUCUGACACUCUGGACGAGGUCGACUGGGAAGCUCUUGGCGGCAACAACAACCAGGUUGAGACCAACUACUUCGGAAAGGGUGAUACCACCACCUAUGACCGUGACACUUGGCCCGCUGUUGCCACUCCCCAUGACACUUUCCACACUUACACCGUCAAGUGGACCAAGGAUCACAUUAUCUGGUCUAUCGACGGCAAUGUUGUCCGCACUCUCAACUACAAUGAUGCUCAAGGUGGCACUCGCUUCCCCCAGACCCCCAUGGAUAUCCGCAUUGGUAUCUGGGCUGGUGGUGACCCUAGCAAUGGCCAGGGUACCAUUGACUGGGCUGGUGGCAAGACCGACUACACUCAGGCUCCUUUCUCCAUGUACAUCAAGAGCGUGACUAUCAAGAACGACAACCCCGCCGAUUCCUACUCUUACAACGGCAACUCUGGCAACUCCGACAGCAUCAAGAUCAACGGCGCCGGCGUGACUGCUCGCUCUACCUCCACCUCCUCUACCGAGCCCGCUACCUCUUCUACUGAGGCUGCUUCCUCCACUGAGGCUGCCACUACCACCGAGGCCUCCACCUCCGCUCCCACCACCCUGGCCACCACUACUCAGGGCUCCUCGACCGCUCAGUCUACUGAGGCCUCUUCCACCGAAGCCUCCAGCUCCGGCGCUGCUUCCAGCGGUGCUGCCUCCAGCUCCGGCGCUUCCCCCAGCAGCUCCGGUGCCGCCGGUGGUUCCAGCUCCGAGAGCGGUUCCGGUUCUGAGACUGGCUCUGGUUCAUCGAGCUCCGGCUCCGGCUCCGGCACCAGCACCGCUGGUUCGGGUUCCAGCUCUAGCAGUGCCAGUGCCAGCGCCAGCUCCAGCCCUGCCUUCAACGCGGCUUCUUCCCUUGGAUACCUCGGACCCGUGUCCUUCUUGGGUCUGAUCACCGCCAUGCUUCAGUUGUAA